AUGCCUUCUGGAUCAAAAAUGAAUGACCUGCUGAAGGUGCCCCUGGUGCACGUCCUCACCCUGGCAGCCCUCAGCUUGGCCGAGACAGUCCAGAAAGCGCCCUUGAUCAGCACUCCUCUGGAAACUGUGGAUGCGCUAGUAGAGGACGUUGCCAAGUUUGUCUGCGUAGUGGAGUCGUACCCUGAGCCGGAGAUUACGUGGACACGCAACAGCAUUCCCAUCAGGCUGUUCGACACCCGGUACAGCAUACAGAGGAAUGGGCAGCUCCUGACCAUUUUGAGUGUGGAGGACAGUGAUGAUGGGGUGUACUGCUGCACGGCGGAUAACGGUGUCGGAGCGGCUGCGCAGAGCUGUGGGGCUCUCCAAGUGAAAAUGCGACCCAAAAUAACCCGACCGCCUAUAAAUGUGGAAAUAAUAGAAGGAUUAAAGGCUGUUCUUCCAUGCACUACAAUGGGGAAUCCAAAACCUUCUGUUUCGUGGAUCAAAGGAGAAACAGUUGUAAAGGAGAACGCUCGCAUUGCUGUCCUUGAUUCGGGGAAUUUAAGGAUCCACAAUGUUCAGAGAGAAGAUGCAGGACAAUAUCGAUGCAUAGCCAAGAACAGCCUGGGCACAGCCUAUUCGAAACCAGCAACAGUGGUAGUAGAAGUUUUUGCCAGAAUCCUGAAGGCUCCUGAAUCCCAAAAUAUCACCUUCGGCUCUGUGGUGACGUUGCGGUGCACAGCGACGGGCCUUCCAGUCCCCACCAUCACCUGGCUGGAAAAUGGAAAAGCUGUUUCUGCAGGGUCUAUAGCGGAAAGUGUCAAGGACAGAGUGGUUGACUCCAGACUGCAGGUGUACGUCACCCGACCUGGCCUGUUCACUUGCCUCGCCACGAACAAACACAGCAAAGCUUUUGGAGCCGCAAAAGCUGCAGCAACCAUCAGUGUUUCAGAGUGGAGCAAGCUGUACAAGGGUGAUGCAGGCUACUGCAGCACAUACAGAGGUGAGGUGUGUAGUGCUAUCUUGGCGAAGAAUAUUCUUGUUUUCUUCAACUCCUCCUAUGCUGACCCAGAGGAGACCCAAGAGCUGCUUGUGCACACUGCCUGGACUGAACUGAAAAUGGUGAGUUCAUUCUGCCAUCCGGCCGCUGAGUCUCUGCUGUGUAACUACAUCUUCCAGGAGUGCAAUCCCUCGGGAGCUGGGCCAGCCCCAAAACCAGUGUGCAGAGAGAAUUGCCUUGCUGUAAAGGAUCUCUACUGCUUUAAGGAAUGGCUCUCAAUGGAGGAAAACUCUCAGAAGGGGAUUUACAAGCCUGGACUGUUGCUCCUCGCGCUUCCUGAAUGCAACAGGCUGCCCAGCCUGCACCAGGACCCCAGCGCAUGCACCCGCAUCCCUUUCUUUGGGACUUGCUACAGCGGCAAUGGCCAGUUUUACCAGGGUUGGGCCAACGUCACAGCCUCCGGCAUUCCCUGCCAGAAAUGGAGUGACCAGGCUCCCCACUUGCACAGGAGGACUCCUCAGGUUUUCCCUGAGCUGUACGAUGCCGAGAAUUAUUGCCGCAAUCCAGGAGGUGAGAACGAACGUCCCUGGUGCUACACAAAAGACCCAUCUGUGACCUGGGAAUACUGCAGUGUGCCUCCCUGCAGAGAUGCAUCAUUAUCACUAGGAACAAGAAAACCAAAUGGAGAGACUCCAAAUCUCCCCCCUCCUCCUCCCUUUUCCCCUACAUACUCCAUGACUGUUAUCAUCUCGAUCAUCUCCAGCUUUGCCCUGGUCAUCGUCUUUGGCAUUGUCACCCUGGUUUGCUGCCGUCGGCGAAAGCAGUGGAAAAACAAAAAAAGAGAGUCAGAGACACCAACACUCACCACUCUGCCCUCUGAACUCCUCCUGGACCGGCUGCACCCUAACCCGAUGUACCAGCGGAUGCCCCUUCUCCUCAAUCCAAAGUUGCUCAGCCUGGAGUAUCCCAGGAACAAUAUUGAAUAUGUGAGAGAUAUUGGGGAAGGAGCAUUUGGGAGAGUCUUCCAAGCAAGGGCCCCAGGGCUGCUGCCAUAUGAGCCUUUCACAAUGGUGGCAGUGAAAAUGCUGAAGGAGGAAGCUUCUGCAGACAUGCAGGCUGACUUUCAGAGGGAGGCAGCCCUCAUGGCAGAGUUCGACAAUCCAAAUAUCGUCAAGCUUUUAGGUGUAUGUGCUGUUGGGAAACCAAUGUGCCUGCUGUUUGAGUACAUGGCCUACGGGGAUCUCAACGAGUACCUGCGUGACCGCUCGCCUCGCAACCUCUGCAGCCUGGUGCACAGUAGCCCAGAUGCACGGAUCCGCCUCCCCAACCCCUUGGCGCUGUGCUGCACCAGCCAGCUCUGCAUUGCCAAGCAGGUGGCUUCCGGCAUGGCAUACCUCUCUGAGCGCAAGUUUGUCCACCGGGAUUUGGCUACCAGGAACUGCCUGGUGGGGGAGAACAUGGUGGUCAAAAUUGCCGAUUUUGGUCUCUCAAGGAACAUGUAUUCAGCUGACUAUUACAAAGCGAAUGAGAAUGACGCCAUCCCCAUCCGCUGGAUGCCCCCUGAGUCCAUUUUCUACAACCGCUACACCACAGAGUCUGACGUGUGGGCCUAUGGGGUGGUGCUGUGGGAGAUCUUCUCCUAUGGCAUGCAGCCCUACUAUGGGAUGGCUCAUGAGGAGGUCAUCUACUAUGUGAGGGAUGGGAAUGUCCUCUCCUGCCCAGACAAUUGUCCCCUGGAGCUCUACAACCUGAUGCGCCUCUGCUGGAGCAAGCUGCCCGCUGACCGGCCAGGCUUUACCAGCAUCCACCGCAUCUUGGAGCGCAUGUACGAGAGGGCUGUGGCCAACCCAUCGGUCUGAGAGAUAUGGCUGGGGGGUCCUCCAAGUCCACCUGUCUAGACUGACUUGAAUGGGCUUAUGGGCCCCCAGGCAGCGGCUCCAUGCAAAGCCCCAAUUUAGAGAGAGGAGAAACAGCCUGUUCCUCUGCCAAGCAAGAAGUGUGGACUGCACCCCGCUAUGGUAGACUACAACUCCCUGGAGGGACUGUACCUCCCAAACCACAAGGCUGACCCCUGGCCACCAAGCCUAGACUCCUUGGGUUGGUGAGGGUGCUGGCUGUGCUAACUCAGUACCUAUAUUAGGCAUUUCCAGGAGCACAGAAUUCCCCAGGGAAAGCAAACCAAUGUUUCUCUGGCAGCACCUCUCUUCCUAAUAUGUCCCUCCAUAUCCUUCUGCAUUUAGGCUCUUGGCUUUUACCUUUUUUUUCCCUUCCUUAUAUGUCUUCAAGUAUUAUUUAAAAAAUACAAAAACAACCAAACAAAAAAACAACCAAACAAAAAAGAUUGCAGAAUUCAAUCUUUUUGGGGAUAUUGUUUACUCUUUUAUUUCUUCAUACUCACUUACUUUUGUAGAAAAGAUGUUUCUGAAGCCAUAAGCCACAAGCCACUCUCUUUUUCCUUUUAACUUCCACCUCUUCUUUGACACUCAUGAACAUAACAUUGACAGAGUCAAAACAGGAGCCUCCAGGAUCGCUGGCAGUCACCCGCAUCUCACGUUACACGAAUGAGCAAACUCUUGUUGAACAUGGAGCCUUACGUUUUCAAAACUAGGAAGUCCACAGUGAGGUUCAUUUGAUGGUCGUUAAGAUCCCCCAAAAUCUUGCCUCAAGCAUUGCAUCCCAUCUUGCCUGCCUUCCCCUGCAACAGAGCCAUUUGGUGCUACAGGAGAAAUUCAGCCCAAAGACCUUGUCCUGCACCUGGUAGGUCUGCAAGGCAUAUUUGUUUGCCUCUGCCUGCAGCAUGGUCCUCUCUGUGCCAAGAGCAGGGAGAAAUGCAGCGCCUCUUGCAGAAAUGUGUCAGGUUAAGUUGCUUAUUUCUCUUCUUUUUUCCCUUCCUGUUGUUGCCUCCUACUUCUGGUUUUCCUUUCCUUGCAACAUCUCCUAAUCCCUGUAAACCCCAUUGCAACUUUUGCUGGCCAGACUAUGCAUCCGCAGGGCAAAGAUGAGACUGCCUCAGCUACACGUGAUCCACAGCCCACCUCCAAAUGCCAAACGUUGUUUCUCUACUAAAAGUUCUCCAAAUUGUAAUGGAUACUUCAGUGCCAGAGAAAAUUGUUUUCCUCUGAGGACAAGUUUUACCUUUUAGAACCUUGGGCAGUGAGGAGCAGUCUUCCCAGAGCCUCAUCGCUGAUACGAAGUAUAGCUGGAGGCAGGGAUGUGCAUUAUACCCAUAGAGCGGGAGCACCAGUGAGUGGUUGGUGUGGCUUCUGCAACUGGGACACACUGGUUGAGUCUAUCCAAGAACCAGCAAUGGAGAGCAGCCAUCUGUAGGGCUACCAGGUUUGGUUUCUGAAAGGUAAGCUUGGUCUGCCAACUGUUAUGAAGGACAAAACUGGAAAGCAUGUGCCUUCCUCUGAUGUUUCCCUGUAAUGUGAACUAGUCUCUGCUACAUUAUAACUUUAUCUUUCUUUUUUUUUAAUAACAAUAGUUUAUUCUAGUUGCAGCCACAAGAAGUGUAGUUUAGUGGUAGGAAAUUCAGACCACUGGUGUCAAUUUCACUUGAAGCAAUGAACUUGCAACCACCCAAAACAGUGGGAAGAAAGAGGAAGCUCUGCUUGGGCUGCAAAACAUUGAAACGCUAAAAAUGCUUGGAUAUCAGCACAGUGAGCACAAAAUGACCAGUGCUGUCUUACUCAUUUAGCAGUCCUGCCAUCGUGCUACCAUGACACAACAGUUUACUGAGGUCUGGAUGGUAACCUCUCCCACCCUCCAAGAACACCAAACCCCUCAUUUUAAAUAAAGUAUUUACUGGAGAGCCUUAUAUAGCUCCGUUACCACAUUAUGGCCACCUCACAGUCUUCAGCAUUAAAUUCUGUUAGGUUUUGUCGGCUAACUGGCUGUCCUCCCUGCUCUGUGGCAGCAGGAGUGAGGAGAAGAGUCUGGAGGGAUGAGGGUGAGCUGCAUCCCUGGCUGUGCGGAGGUGCCUGCAGCCUCUGCCGAGCUGUGCCCCAGUGCGCGGCCCAGCAGUGGCUCCAUCUCUGUAACAGAGGGGGCAAAUUCAAGAGCCCUGCGGCAGAAGGGGUCUUGUCACUCUCUUUAGCAAGAGCAGGGCCAGACCUUGCUGGUCUUGUAGAGGUGUGGGUCCAGGUACCCAGCUCCUCCUCCUAGUCUGGAAAGUAUCUUUCGCCAGGCAAAGGGUGCAAGGACAGGUUGCAAAAGCUGUAUCACGUGCUAAUGUGAACAAACACACCCACGUACAGCCCAAAGGACAGUCUGCCUUUCUGCAUUCUAGGAUACCAGUGCUGGCUUCAGUUGCUCACCUUCCAUUUCCCCCAGCUAGGCUGCUUAGAAACCAUGAUCAUGAUUUUCUUCUUGUUUCCAUGUGGGAUGAAGUUAGAUGCCUGUGUUGUCAUGUGCUAUGAAGAAGUUUCACUUUCUUUGUGGAAGAGAGACUCUCACAAACUCAGAAGAGUAUCCCUUUUCACUGCACUUUCAUAGCCCAAAUCCUUCUCUCAGUAACACCAUGUUCAGGUCAAUGUGGGCCUACAGUUAUAUAAGAAUGGAAAAUUUGUUUUUCCUUUGUCCAGCAUUCCAGCCUUUGCAUUAUAAACAUUCAUUGAAAUGUGUGGUAGUGAGUGACUGCAGGUCAGGAUGGAAAAUGCUUCCUGCGUUGUAAGAGGAAAGAGGUAAUUUCAAGACUGACUCACAGAAAAGCUCUCUGCAGCAUGCUCCCCAAGGAUGAUAAUUGCUUCCGCGUUGCGAUCCAGCAUGAAGGCUUAGCACCUAAAUGGUGAUGUCCUUUGAGGAUUAGAUGGCAGACAGACUUGCUGCCUUGGCAUGUAGCUGGAUUUUACCCUAAUAGUUUCCUCCUGUUUUACACUUUUCAGUUUGCUAAAAUCUGGAGGUUGUAUUGCUUUCACAAUUUGCCUUCUUUCACAGCUUUCUUUUCUCCUCCUUUUGUUUUAGACUUCUGCUUUCUUCAGUGUAUGUUAUACAGUGUGCUACUCCAGAGAGUUCUAGACUUUUUUGUACAACUAUGUCAUAACUCAAAUUAUUUUGAAUGGGAGUAUACAGAGGGAUUGUGAGAGAGUAGAAGACAAUGGAGAAUUUGUUACUCAAAAAUUAAUUUGUAAAGAAAAAUAUUUUUCAGUCUCAAGUUUGGAUUUGUAACUUAUGCAGAGAAAGAGGAUGAACCAAAAAUGAACAUUUUUGGUGCUUCAGUUCCCAUUCCCACUGAUGGCAGUCAGUGACACUGGAUGAGAACUCUGAGGAGAAGAAGGGGAUUUGCAGCACAUUUGAUGUACCCAUUCCCUCUGCAAGUGCCUGGACUAGAGCAUUUGCAGCACAUAUACAGCUUUAUCCUGGAUGACAUUCUGCAACAAUCUGAUCAACCAAACACCACAGAAAUCCUCUCACGUUCCUGUGACUUUGUUUAACAGUUGUAUUUAAAAUGCAUGUGAAAAGCAUAAAUUCCAUACUUGCUUAGACGCUGCCUGCAAUAUGAUCAAAUUUGGUUUAGAGGAGUUGCCUCUCAAAUGUAUUGUGGACUAAACUCAACUGUCUGGUCUCAUUUCUCCAAGGGUAUACAAUAAUUAUUAUUCUGUGAUUGUUUGAUUGUUAUAGAUUUCACAAAUGAUGGCUUUGAAAGACAUCCCAAGCAGAGAUGUACAUUUCUCAUUAACCUGUGUAACUCAUGUGUGCAAUAUUUUAUAAAAUAAAGAGAUA